GUGUCCCUUGGAGCCUGCAAUCUUUAUAUAAUCCCAUCCACAACUCUCCAAUCUCAGAAAAAAUUAAAAAACUCGUAACCAAACAAUUUCUUGCUCUCAUCAAUCCGAAUAAUAACUGUUCUUAUCAGUCAGCAACGCUUAUCAUCAAUUUGUAACUCUUUCUAGCUAUUACUUUUCAGUUUUUGAUCUCAUUUAGUAACGCUUUAAUUUGUUCCCAACUAAAACUGAUAUAAUCAUGAAGCAGACUAACAGAAACAAAGGAGGAUUCAGAAAUAUAUUUUCUUCACAUUCAACAUCUCCUGACAAUUCAAUAUCAAGAUCAUCAGCACACUCAAUUUCAUCAUCAUCACCACCACAAUCACGUCCAUCAACACCACUCCACACAUUCUCCGAAUCAAUGAUGGAAGAAAACAUUGAUAACGCAGAGCUAUUAAUCACCAAAUGGAAUCUAGAAACUAGCACCGGUUUUGCUGCUUCCUCUUCUUUGUUUUACGAUGAUCGGAAAGAAGCUAAGGAUUUCAUUUCAUGUGUGAAAGAUUUACAGAGAGCUAUGAGAUUCUUUAUUUUACCAGAGAACUCAAAUUCAGUUUUACUAGUCAAAUCACAGAACCUGAUGGAGAUCGCAAUGAAAAGACUAGAGAAAGAGUUUUAUCAGAUUUUAUCAGCUAACCGUGACCGUCUUGAUCCUGAAUCAAUCUCCGGUCAUGGUUCGGAGAGAUCAAGAGGUAGUACUUCUGAUGAUUACGAUGAAGAAGUUGAUCAAACAUCUGAUGAAGAUGAGAUACAAAGAGUGAGUAAUUCUAUCAAUGAAGUCGAACAAGUUGGAACAGUGGCUAUGAAUGAUCUGAAAAUGAUAUCAAACUGUAUGAUUUCAUCUGGUUAUGGUAAAGAAAUUGUUAGCAUAUAUAAAAUUAUCCGAAAAUCGAUUGUCGAUGAAGGUUUAUAUAAAUUAGGUGUAGAGAGAUUGACUGCCGCACAAAUCAAUAAGAUGGACUGGGAAUUGCUUGAUUUCAAGAUCAAGACAUGGGUUUACGCGGUCAAAAUUUCCGUGAGAACUCUGUUUCAUGGCGAACGGAUUCUCUGCGAUUACGUGUUGACGUCGGAGAUGAGCAGAGAAUCUUGUUUUACGGCGAUUACGAAGGAUAGUGCUUUGGAGCUGUUUCAGUUCCCUGAGUUGGUUGCUAAAGGGAAGAAAUCACCUGAGAAAAUGUUUCGGAUUUUAGACCUUUACGAUGCGAUUUCGGAGCUAUGGCCUGAGAUUGAGUCAAUUUUUUCUUAUCAAUCGAUGUCAAAUGUUCGAGCACAAGCUGUGUCGUCGUUGCUUAAACUCGGCGAAACGGUUCGAGCAAUGUUGACGGAUUUUGAAGCGGCGAUUCAAAAGGAUUCUUCAAAAGCUCUUGUUCCUGGUGGUGGAAUUCAUCCACUGACUAGAUAUGUUAUGAACUACGUUUCUUUUCUUUCCGAUUACACGGUAAGUCUUUCAGAUAUUGUUGCGGAUUGGCCGUUGCCGGAGCAUACUGCACUACCGGAAUCUUUCUUUGACAAUUCACUGGAUACAGAUGACGAAGGUACGUCGUCGAUAGUUGUGAGAUUCGCUUGGUUAGUACUUGUUCUUCUAUGCAAACUCGACGGCAAGGCGGCGCUUUACAAAGAUGUUCCGCUGUCAUAUCUCUUCCUGGCGAAUAAUCUAAACUACGUCGUCUCGAAAGUUCGGGGUUCAAAUCUUCGGUUUUUACUCGGUGAAGAAUGGAUUAGCAAACAUGAACUGAAAGUAAAACAGUACUCGAUAAACUAUGAGAGAAUGGGGUGGAGUAAAGUUUUAUCAUCUUUGCCGACGAAUCCGACGGCCAGCAUGUCCCUGGACGCUACGAAAGAAUGUCUUUCUAGUUUCAAUACUGCAUUCGAAACAGCGUACCGGACGCAGUCCUCAUGGGUCGUGACGGAUUCGAAACUUAGAGACGAGAUUAAAGUUUCGAUUUGUAAGAAAGUUGUGCCGGUUUACCAGGAGUUUUAUGAUACCAAUCGAGCUACAUUGAGCGGAGAAAGAAAUGUUGAGGCGUUGGUGAGAUACUCGCCGGAUGAUUUGAUGAAUUAUUUGUCCGAUUUGUUUUACGGGAUCAAAGUAUCGGGUUCGGGUACUUCAACUGCUAAUUCUUCCCGUCAUUCGCAUUAAAAAUAAUGGUAUAUAUUUUUAGAAAAACAAAACAAAAGGCUAAUAGUAGUAUUUAUGCACGAGUGAUAUUUUUAUAUCCAUGGGAUAAUUGUGUUUAUUUUGGAUUUUGCUCCAAGUGAUCUUUGUUGAAGCUAAAUCAUAGCGUACAUGCUAUAGUUGAAUGUUAAAAAAACUAGAAUAAAUCCUAUCAUAGAGGCUCCAAAGGAUUUGAGUUUGAGGGCUCA